GCAGUUCUCAAUUCUCAUAAGCUUUAUUUCCAUUGGCAUCUCUUGAAAAAUAUCUAACUCGGAUCUUGUCUUUUUUUUUCAUCUCAACAACAAUCACCGGCAACAAAGAUAAUGGAUAUCUCCAACAUAGCUAGAAAGCUUGAUCUCUCUAACAACAAUCUUGUCGUCCGAAAAGCUGCAGAGAUUCGCCGUCUCUGCGAUGCACAGUUCGACUCAUCCAUCAUCGGCGUUGGUGAGAUCGGUAAAGCUGUGAUAUGUCUAGAAAUCGCAGCGUCUCGGUUAGAUGUUUUGUUCGACAGACAAGCGGCGGUUAAGUUGAGUGGUAUGUCUGAAAAGGCGUACACCAGAUCAUUCAAUAGCCUCCAAAACGUUAUUGGGUUCAAGAUUAAGCUCAAUGUUAAAGAAUUAGCAAUUCAAUUUGGUUGCGUUAGGAUAAUCAAAUCCGUGCAAAACAUGCUAUCUUCUUAUAAGGAGAGGUUUCUUGCAUCACUACCAGCGUCAAGAAGGGCAAGUGCUGACUUCACUAGACCUGUAUUUACCGCUGCUGCUUUCUAUCUUUGUGCCAAAAAACAGAAGCUUAAGGUUGAUAAGCUUAGACUGAUCGAGGUUUGUGGAACAUCAGAAUCUGAAUUCUCUUGUGUCUCGACCUCCAUGAUAGACCUUUGCUUUGACUGUGUUGGGGUUUCAAAGGAAAAGAAAGAUGCAAAAGACGUUAAAGGAAACCGAGAAUUGCUUGAUGUGUUGCCUGGAAAGAGGAGACUAGAGGAUGGUGGAUGUUCAUCUGAUGAUGAGUCUUCUUCUUACAAAAGACACAAGAAGAUGGAGGAAGUUAAGUACGAAGAUUGGAAAUCAACAGUUGUUGAUUCGAUCAAGAAGAAUCCAGAGAAAGGAACAAAGAAAGUUAUACAGACCAGUCUCAGUUUCUCAAAGAAGACUGAAACAAACGAGUUGCAAGUUGAGUCAUAGCCUUCCAUAGUCUAAGAUUCUAUAUCCGGUUCAUUUUCCUGUUGUUUCACUUUACAUCACAUGAUAGAAAAAUAUGGAAAUGUCAAAUUCCUGCAAAAGAAAUGUUUGUCCCCCAAACCUUUUGCUCAAUAGCAAUUUUGUCUAAGCAAAUAAUAGUUAACGGAUUAUACAUACACAUAACAAAAAUGUAUUUAAGGGAUUAUACAUAUGUUUCCUAAACCAGCUGCUAAGCAUUGGUUAGGUUUGGUUU